AUGUUGGGAAUAAUUGUGUCCGGUCGUCUGGUGCAAACAGACUUCCAGCAAAUAAGUGAAAAUCAAUUUUUAAUAAAUGUACCCGAUGCUGACAAUGUCAAUCACAUUGUCAUAUUUCUCACGGGUUACAUCUCCAACAACAAACCAUCGGCGAUUUUCCGGAUAUCUGACCUAAAGAAGAACCACGAGUUCGAGAACGCGAACCUGGGGAUCUUCGGCGCUAAAAUAUCUCACUCUGCGCAAAUAGGAAUCUCUGUGGAGCCGCUUUCAGCCAUUGAACCUUUGUCGGCGUUAGUCGCAAGCACAACUACUGAGUCACACGUUAAAUUCGCCCAGAAGAUGAUCAUUAACUUCAUGAAUUACGUGUCUAGUUUCUCAGUAACUCAGUCGCAGAUGACUCCCAACCCUUCGGAGAAUUUCGUACCGCUGUCGUCAGUCCAAGGCUGGUAUGAGACUUUCGAGCGACGGCUGCAACAAAAUCCAAACUUUUGGAAACAAUUGUGA